UGAAAGAGACAACCAGCUGGAGAUGCAGCGGAGGAGCAUCACCGCCGGCGCCUUCGCCCAUGUCGUGCUCGUGCGGCUGCUUCUGCUGUGCUGCUCGUGGCGGAUUGCAGCCGCGGCGCCAAGAACCGAUCCGCUCGAAGCGGGGGCCUUGAACGCGAUCCUGGGGAGAUGGGGCAAGACGGCGUCGCCGGAGUGGAACGUCAGCGGCGAGCUCUGCAGCGGCGUCGCCGCCGACCUCUCCAACUGGGACAACUACCCCAACCUCAACCCUUUCAUCAAGUGCGACUGCCACUACAACAACGGGACCCUCUGCCACAUCACCAAGCUGAGGGUAAUUAAGUUGGACGUUGUUGGUCCAAUACCUUCGGAGCUGCAGAAUCUCACCUAUCUAGAGGACCUGAACCUGGGUUAUAAUUACUUGACUGGUCCCAUGCCAUCAUUCAUUGGAAAAUUCACUUUCAUGAAAUAUCUGGCCAUGCCUUUCAAUCCACUAUCUGGACCACUUCCGAAGGAACUUGGCAACUUGACCAAUCUUUUGUCCUUGGGUAUUAGCUAUUGUAAUUUUACUGGUGAACUUCCUGAAGAACUUGGCAACAUGACUAAUCUUAAGCAGUUGUACAUUGAUGGUUCAGGAUUCAGCGGUCCAUUCCCUUCAACGUUCUUUAAACUUAAGAACCUAAACAUCUUGAGGGCAUCAGACAAUGAAUUCACUGGGAAAAUACCAGAUUAUCUGGGGAUCAUGCCUACAUUGGAAGAUAUGGCUUUCCAAGGUAACUCUUUUGAAGGACCGAUCCCAGCAAGUUUCUCCAAUCUAACCAAAUUAAAAAACUUGAGGAUUGGUGAUAUUACAAAUGGAAGCUCAUCAUUGGCGUUUAUCAGUAAUAUGACAUCUUUGGGGAACCUAAUAUUAAGGAACUGCAGGAUAUCUGAUAAUAUUGGACCAAUAGAUUUUUCAAAGUUUACAACAUUAAUCUUGCUGGACUUGAGCUUUAAUAAUAUCACAGGUCAAGUUCCUCAAUCUAUCCUGAAUCUAGGAAUGCUUGAAUUUCUGUUUCUUGGGAACAAUAGCCUUACAGGAAGGUUGCCAGUUGUUAUAAGCCCUUCAUUAAAAACAAUAGAUUUAUCCUACAACCUGCUCACUGGAAGCUUUCCUCCUUGGACUACUAAGAACAACUUGCAAUUGAAUUUGGUCGCAAACAACUUUGUUCUUGGUAGCACCAACAACAGUAUUCUACCUUUAGGAUUAAACUGCCUCCAGCAAGACACUCCAUGUUUCCGUGGAUCUCCAGAGUAUUAUUCCUUUGCCAUUGACUGUGGUAGUAAUAGAUCUACUAGAGGCUCAGAUGAUACUAUUUACGAAGCAGAUCCUACAAUCCUUGGGGCUGGAUCAUAUUUUGUUACUGGUCAAAAAAGGUGGGGUGUCAGCAAUGUAGGAAAAUUCGACCAGGCCACAAAUGGAAUGGACAUAAUAUAUAGCUCAGAGCAUUUUCAGAAUACAGUCGAUUCAAAAUUAUUUGAAACUGCACGAAUGUCAGCAUCAUCUCUGAGAUAUUAUGGCCUUGGACUUGAGAAUGGAAAUUACACUGUUCUGCUUCAAUUUGCAGAGUUUGCUUUUCCAGAUUCUCAAGGUUGGCAAAGCUUAGGCAAGAGAAUUUUCGACAUAUAUGUCCAGGGUGCCCUGAAAGAAAAGGAUUUCGAUAUAAAGAAGAUUGCAGGUGGAAAAUCUUUUACUGUAGUCAAUAGGAGUUACACAGCAACUGUGUCAAAAAACUUUCUUGAGAUCCAUCUCUUUUGGGCUGGAAAGGGCACUUGUUGCGUACCUACUCAAGGUUACUAUGGGCCAAUGAUCUCAGCAUUAAGCGUCACUCCUCAAUUUACUCCAACUGUGCGAAAUGGUGUGCCCAAAAGAGGAAACAAAGCAGGCAUAAUUUCUGGAGUGCUUAUUGGUUCAUUAGUUUUCGGAUUAGCAGCUUUAUUUGGAAUAUUUAUAUUGGUAAAGAAGCGGAGAGCAAUGGCACAGCAGAGAGAAGAAUUGUACAACCUAGUUGGACGGCCUGAUGUUUUUAGCAAUGCUGAACUCAAGCUAGCUACAGACAAUUUCAGUUCCAAAAACAUUCUUGGGGAAGGUGGAUAUGGGCCAGUGUAUAAGGGUAAGCUACCUGAUGGAAGAGUUAUAGCUGUGAAACAGCUUUCCCAAUCAUCCCAUCAGGGGAAAAGCCAAUUUAUAACCGAGGUUACAACAAUUUCUUCUGUGCAACACCGGAAUCUUGUGAAAUUGCAUGGCUUCUGCAUAGACAACAACACACCCUUGCUAGUUUAUGAGUACCUUGAAAAUGGAAGCCUAGAUCAAGCACUCUUCGGAAACAGCAACUCAAAACUGGACUGGGCAACCCGCUUUGAGAUUAUUUUAGGCAUUGCAAGAGGCCUCACUUAUCUCCACGAGGAGUCAAAUGUGCGCAUCGUGCAUAGGGACAUCAAAGCCAGCAAUGUCCUACUUGACAAGGAUCUCACCCCAAAGAUCUCUGACUUUGGGCUGGCCAAACUCUACGAUGAGAAGCAAACUCAUGUGAGCACCAGAAUUGCAGGCACAUUUGGCUAUCUGGCUCCGGAAUAUGCUAUGCGAGGUCGUUUGACAGAAAAGGCUGAUGUUUUUGCAUUCGGGGUGGUCAUGUUGGAGACCCUCGCUGGUCGAGCGAAUACCAACAACUCCCUUGAGGAAAACAAAAUAUAUCUCUCUGAGUGGGCCUGGGCCCUGUAUGAGAAAGAACAACCUCUUGGAAUUGUUGACCCAAGUCUCCAGGAAUAUGACAGGGAUGAAGCUUUCAGAGUCAUACGCGUUGCGCUGCUCUGCACACAGGGCUCGCCGCACCAGCGACCAGCAAUGUCGAAGGUCGUGGCGAUGCUCACCGGAGAAGCUGAGGUAGCCGAGGUGGUGACGAAGCCGAGCUACAUCACUGAGUGGCAGCUGAGGGAUAUGAACAGAAACUAUGACACGGCCAGCUACUCAGGAUCCACUACCCAUGAGUUCAGCAGCCAGAACGAGAUUGAACCACUCACCUAGUCUCCAACGAUCACUGGAGCUAGUCUCAGUGAAAGGGGGAUGUAAACCUGAAUUGCCCUGGUGAUAGAUCUUGGGUUGAGGUGCCAACGUUGGACGCUAUAAAAUUGUGAGUCGAUUUUGGUCAUAUCAUACCUGCUUGGUGAUGAACACUUUGUGUAAAUGCAGUGACGAUUAAUUUGUGUUGACACAAGUUGUUUUUUUUUUAUGAUUUUGUAAUGGUUUACAUUACGUUACAUAUAUUAUAGCUGCGCUAAUUUGAGUC